AUGGUGAACUCCAUCCCUCCCCCCCUCCUUUUUCUUUGGUCUCUCAUGCUCCUCCCCGCUUACCUCUUUCUUCGACAUCCAGAUCGCGAACGAAUCGUCAUCCUCGGAUCGGGCUGGGCGGGCUACAACCUCGCCCGCUCUCUCAAUGCCCAGAAAUUCCAAGCCGUGCUCGUCUCGCCUCGUUCGUACUUCGUCUUCACGCCCCUCUUGGCCUCCACGAGCGUGGGAACCCUCGAAUUCCGCACCGCGCUCGAGCCCGUACGGUCCCGGGGCACGAAGUACGAAUACAUCCAGGGCCGCGCCGACGGCGUGGAUUUCGGCAGGAAGGAGAUCAUGAUACGGGAGACGGUGCGGGAUCCGAAUCUGGGGUUACUGCAUCACCGCGCGGGCGAAGAGCGAGAUCACCGGCCCUUGCACAUGCAGUUGGAAGCGUCGCGGGGAGAGUUGUUUAGCAUGCGGUAUGACAAAUUGGUCGUCGCGGUCGGUAGCUACAGUCAGACGUUUGGGAUCCCGGGCGUCAAGGACCAUGCGUAUUUCUUGAAAGAUGUGCAGGAUGCACGCAAGAUUCGGAAUAAAUUGUUGAGUUGCUUUGAGACGGCGGCGUUGCCCACGACUCCCGUGGCGUUGAAGAAACAGUUGCUCAAUUUCGCGGUCGUCGGAGGCGGGCCGACGGGGAUCGAGUUCUCGGGAGAGUUGCAGGAUAUUGUCCGGGAUGACCUGUCGAAGCUCUAUCCCCAGCUGACAGAGCAUGUGAAGAUUACAGUGUACGACGUUGCUGACAAGAUUCUUCCCAUGUUCGACCAUCAGCUCAGCAAGUACGCAGUGCAGAAUUUCGUGAAAGAGGGAGUGACCAUCAAGACCAGCCACAGGAUCUUGGAGCUCAAGAGAGGAUUCCCGGUCAUAGAAGGCACGCAAGAUUUUCACGACGAUGUCAAGGCCAGCGGGUUCACCCUCACGCUGCAAAAUGGCCAAGAGGCUCAAGUCGGAUGCGGCCUCGUCGUCUGGAGCACCGGACUCAUGAGCAACCCGUUCGUCGCCAAAGCAAUGUGCUCGUCUUUUACCGCGCCGGCCAGCAGCGUCCGACUGCUGAGCGAUAUCAACUCCAAUCCGGAUACGAAAGCCGACUGGGGGGUCCGAAAGCAUGCAAAGACCGGGAGCAUCAUCACCGAUGACUUCUUGCAAGUCCAAUUGCACGCUGCAGAGCAGCACGAGGGCAGAGCGGCCGCCAUUCUGAGGGAUGUGUACGCGCUGGGGGACUGUGCCACGACGGAUGGGACUGAGUACCCUGCCACAGCGCAAGUCGCAUCGCAGAAGGCCAAGUGCUUAGCGAAGCAACUCAACAAGGGCGAUGUCAACACACGGGGCUUUUCCUUUGUACGUCGUCGAUGACGGUGUACAGUUCCAGAGGGGCGUCGCUGACAAGUGUUACAGCAAAGUCGAGGGAUCAUGGCGUAUGUGGGAUCAUACCGCGCCAUCGUGCAGCACAACCAAGGGAAGGUGUCCGGAUGGGCAGCAUGGUUGAUGUGGCGGGGUGCAUACCUCAGCAAGUCGAUCAGUUGGAGGAAUCGCAUCCUCAUUCCAACGUAUUGGUAAGUUACGAAACCGUGGGCGGCUGGCUGAGAGGUAGAGCUGGAGCGGGUGAGCUGACACGGAGACGUCUAGGUGCAUCAACUGGUGAGUCCAUCCCGAGGCAAAAUUCGAGAGCCGUUGCACAGAUUGGGCUCGUCAGCUGACCUUGAUCGUCUGCAGGGCAUUCGGUCGAGACAUCUCGAGAUUCUGAGCGGAACGGUUGUCAUUGUCAUUGUCGGCGCUGACACGGGGCAGUGGCACGGUCGUGAGCGCUUAUCACGUCGAGAUGACGCUUUGGAAGUCCGACGCUUGGAGAUGGUGCUGUGCAGUGCAGUGCAGUGCAGUGCAGGCAUUGUCCGUGCAACGAGAUUGUAAUUGAGGCAAUGCAGUAUGCAACGUGGCGUUGGGUGGAGGAAGGGAUUGGAAAGGAGAGAUGGAGGUGUUGUAGGUAGUCGGUCUUGGUGCUCCGAUGCAGCGGUCCUAUCUCUCUCGUACCGUACAUGUCGCAUCAUCGUAGACGAGACGAGACGAGACGAGGGAAGCAAUGAUGUAGAAUGUCGCUUCGUUUGGUGAUAAAAUAAGAUGAGGCUUCGCUGGUCUGACAUGGCGGUGACAUGGCGAUCAAGACCGCAAGCGAGUGUCGUCGAUAGCGGUGGACAGCGGUGGACAGCGGUGGACAGCGGUAGACAGCGGCAGACAGCGGAUGGGUACAGUAGAUAAGGACGAAGCCGAUGCUGCGCCGAGGGCGUUUACCUACCCUAGCACAUAGUACACAGUACCUACCUUACCUACCUUACCUUACCCAUCAUCAUCAUCAUCGCGGUGCUUGCACUGUGCUUGUGCACCGUGUCGGUAAGGUAGCCUGUGCACCACCCGACGUUAUCAGAUGCAAUACCGCCCCGCGUGGUCCCGGAGACUGCGUGAGUGUGUGAGUGCCUGGCGAACUUUAAACUCCCGCGCGACCGUCUACCUUACCAUCUUCUCCCUCGGGCCCCGCACAGAAUAAUUGCCAUUCAUCCCGAUAUCUUACUCAUCCCGCCGACACCUGCGACGUUGAGCCUGAGGCGACAUCUGCGCGACAUCCGACCACCUCCCACCGACCAGCUGAAACGAGCCGCACGUCGUCCCCAAUUGGCAGCGCGACGACUCCUGUGCCUGCCUGCCCCGCCCCUUCCCUUCCACUCAACUCACUCGGUGCUCUGUCCAAUAGGACAAUCGCCGUCCGCACCGCACCGCCGCGCACCGCACCGCACCGCACCGUACCGUACCGUACCGUACCGCACCGCAGCCAAAUCGCCCCUUGCCCCCCCCCCCCCCGAUCACCUUCCCCCAUCCCAGCCCAGAGCCCAGAGACGUCGUCCGUCGACUGAUGUGACUGACUUCAAACCUCACCACCCGCACCCGCAUCCGCCCACCACGCUCCACAAUCCUGCCUCCGAGCCCUGCACGACUUGCGUCCUCGCUGCGUGCGUGCAACACGCUGCUGCUUCCGCCAUCCUGGACCCGGCCGGUUUCGAAACGCGCACCAGAGAUUGCUUUCCCUUCCACUCUCUCUGCAACGCACAGCGCCCGGGCCAGCUCCAACAUCCCCUCCCACUCUCCCACGUGUCUCCGUAGCGACCGUCGGGUUACUCGCGCGCGAUAGCAACUACUCCCUCCCCAUAUUCGCCAAGUGCGCCCGACGGAAAAUCUGCUGCGACCAUUACACCUGCGCAAGGGAUUCCUGGCGCUGGCACGCUGCGCCAGCCAGCUCUGAAAGAAAUCCCCCCAUCCGCACCGGCUGGUCCCGUGCAUCGCGAGCGCAUUCCGGCGACAAGAGCUCUCUUUGUCUCUGCGCCCAUCGCGACACAUUGCCAGUCCUUCACCACGCCCACGGCUGCCGGAGCCGCAGGAGCCGUCAAGAGCGACCUCUUCGUCGGACUGCGCGCCAUGGCCGUGUCCAUGUUGAACACCCCCUCCCGCGCGUCCACCUCAUCCGGCUCCUCCUACGUCCCCGUCACUCGUCAGAACACCAUGAGCUCCCAGGAUGGCUCGCGCUCCAUGCGCACCUCGAAGCGAUACUCCGUCACCGCCCUGUACCUGUCCAUGAAUGCGAACCAGCGGGACUUGGAGAUUGAGGAUGACCUAGCAAGAGCUCAGAAAGCACUCAGGGAACUCAAGGCCAAGAUAUCAUCUCAAUCCAAGAAGAACUUUGUGCUGGAGAAGGAUGUGCGCUAUCUCGAUUCGCGAAUAGCGUUGCUCGUGCAGAACCGCAUGGCAUUGGAAGAAGUAUGACCCCGCAAUCUCGCACGCAUCGCUGGAGAAGAUGAUCACUGACACACCUCCCAGAAGGAAGAAGUUGCAAGCCAUCUCGAUGACUCUCUCGACCUCUCCGAAGGCUCCUUCCCGAAUGACGAGAAGACACAGAAGUACGGCAACCUAAUGUUUCUACUCCAGAGCGAACCCAGACACAUUGCACACCUCUGUCGAUUGGUCACCAUGGCCGAGAUCGACCAAUUACUACAGACCGUCAUGUUCACGAUUUACGGAAAUCAGUACGAAAGUCGCGAAGAGCACUUGCUCCUGACCAUGUUUCAAGUAAGUCGGAAAGACCAAAUGGCGCGCGCUUGAUGCUGACCCGUUUCGCAAAGUCUGUUUUGACCUACCAAUUCGACCACACCCCCGACUAUUCUUCCUUGCUGCGAGCAAACACCCCCGUUUCACGAAUGAUGACCACCUACACACGAAGAGGACCCGGCCAGAGUUACCUCAAGACCGUGCUCGCCGAGCGGAUCAAUUCCUUGAUCGAGAUUAAGGAUCUGGACCUCGAGAUUAACCCGCUCAAGGUGUAUGAAAGCAUGGUGGGCAAGAUUGAGGCAGACCGCGGCGCGCUGCCUGCGAAUCUGCCCAAGGGCAUCACCGCGGAGCAGGCUGCCGCCAACGAGAACGUGCAAAGGAUCAUCUCUCCGCGCAUCGACAUGCUGAUUGAGAUUGCGAAUUCCUUCCUGGACACCAUCAUCGAAGGCCUCGAGGAGACGCCCUACGGAAUCCGUUGGAUAUGCAAGCAGAUCCGAAGUCUGACGAGGCGAAAGUACCCAGACGCCCAGGAGCAAACCAUUUGCACGCUCAUUGGCGGGUUCUUCUUUCUGCGUUUCAUCAACCCGGCCAUUGUUACGCCAAGAUCGUACAUGCUCAUUGAGCAAACACCUGCAGAAAAUCCGAAACGCACACUAACAUACGUGGCCAAGAUGCUCCAGAACCUGGCCAACAAGCCGAGCUACGCAAAGGAACCGUACAUGCAGAGGCUGCAGCCGUUCAUCCAGCAGAACAAGGAGCGCAUCAAUAAAUUCAUGAUGGAUCUCUGCGAAGUUCAGGACUUCUACGAAACGCUCGAAAUGGACAACUAUGUUGCGCUCUCGAAGAAAGAUCUUGAACUCUCAAUCACGCUGAACGAAGUCUACGCGAUGCACGCGCUCAUUGACAAGCACGCGACGGACCUGUCAAAGGACGAAGGAUCGCAUCUCAGCCAGAUUCUCGUUGAGCUGGGCCCAGCGCCGGCGCAGCUACCACGAAAGGACAACCGGGCGAUCAACCUCCCGCUCUACAGCAAGUGGGAGCACUCGCUCGACGACUUUACGGCUGCGCUGGAUAUCACUCAGGAAGAGGUAUACUUCAUGGAGGCCAAGUCGACCUUUGUGAUGAUCAUGCGGUCUCUGCCCGCGAACUCGGCGGUCAUGAGGAGGCCAUUGCGGCUGGACCGGAUUGCAGAAGCUGCCGCCACCACGAAGAACGACUCGGUCAUGGUCCGUAAAGGCAUCCGGGCGAUGGAGCUCCUGAACCAGCUUCAAGACUUUGGCAUCAUCGACAAGGACGACAGCUACGCGUUACUCAGAGACGAGAUAGAACAGGAGCUGGUGCAUCUGGGGUCACUGAAGGACAAGGUCCUUGUCGAAACCCAGAAACUGGAUGAAGUGUUCCGGACCAUUCGUGAUCACAACACCUAUCUGGUGGGCCAGCUCGAGACAUACAAGAGCUACCUGCACAACGUCCGUGGGCAGUCCGAGGGCACCUCGAAACGCGGACAAUCGGCCAAGGUUUUGGGGCCGUAUAAAUUCACUCACCAGGAACUGGAGAAACAGGGAGUCAUACAGAAGAGUAACGUGCCCGAGAACAGACGAGCCAACAUUUACUUUAACAUCACCAGCCCCAGUCCCGGCACCUUUGUCAUCAGCUUGCACUACAAGGGGCGCAACCGCGGUCUGCUUGAGCUGGACCUGAAACUCGACGAUCUUCUGGAGAUGCAAAAGGAACAACAGGAAGACCUCGAUCUUGAAUACGUCCAAUUCAACGUGUCCAAAGUGCUACAGCUGCUCAACCGACGCUUUGCCCGGAAGCGCAACUGGUAA